AUGCCGCUAACAGCCCCUCCAUGGUCUCAGAGUCCUCACACUCCAGCAGGCACCGCUCCAAAAAGCCAGCUCGGGCCCUCUUACUAUUAUCUUGCUGCGAGGUUACAACUAAGGAAUGUUAUUAAAGCAUUAUCAAUGAUACAUACAAUUGAGAAAAUUAACAACUCAACCUUUUUACCAGGAAUUACAUUGGGUUAUGAGAUAUAUGACUCCUGUUCUUAUGUUGAAAAAGCCAUUCAGUCCACAAUAAAAUUAUUUCCUGAGUUGAAUAAAAUGAACAACAAUUCCCAGUGCAAUAAUACAGAAAUAAUACCUUCAGUUAAAGCAGUUAUAGGAGAAAUAUAUUCAGAAAUCUCAGUUGCUGUUGCAAGGAUUCUAAGUCUUCACUUCAUACCUCUGGUGAGUCCCGCUUCAACUGUCACAUUUCUCAGUGAUACUUUGAAGUUCCCUUCAUUUCUACGUACUGUUCCAAGUGACAAAUAUCAAACACAAACUAUUGCUAAGCUUAUCAGAGCAUUUGGUUGGAACUGGGUUGGUGUGAUUUCAAGUGAUGAUGACUAUGGACGUUCAGGACUUGACUACAUAAACAGAUUUCUGGAAGAAGAGAGAAUAUGUAAAGCAUUUUCUAAAAUUGUUCCAUCAAAUGUGGAAUAUCCUUCUAUGGCAAAAGAAAUAAACAUAAUUCUUAAUGAGCUUAGCAACUGUACUGCUAAUGUUGUGGUCAUUUUUGCAAACUCACCAACUAUCAUUAAAGUUUUGCAGGAGUGUAUAAGAAGGAAUAUUUCCAGAACAUGGAUUGCAAGUGACAGUUGGUCAAUCUCCAGAGAAGUUUCUAGAAUAAAAAAUAUUAAUAAAGUUGGAACUAUACUUGGAAUUGAUUUUGAAGCAAGGCAAGUACAGGGGUUUGAUGAUUAUCUGAAAAACCUCCAGCCUCCACCACAUGGAGCAAUAAAUACAUUUCUUAAAGCGUAUAAAGAGCUACGAUUUGGCUGUACUGAUGACUACAAGAAAUACCUGGAUUGUAUUAAUUCUUCUUCUAAAUAUUGUCCUCAGACAGAUUCCAUAAGCCAGAAAUCUGCCUUGGCAUGCAGCGUGGGGAAUAUCAACCUUGCAAAUGAUGACUAUUUGGUGCAACAUAUUGAAAUUAGUACAACGUACAGCACUAUUUUAGCUGUUACAGCCAUUGCUCAAGCUGUCAAAAAUAUAAUGUGCAGCAAUGGAAACUGUGAAAAGCUUAAGAGUUUGCCACCUCAUGAGCUUCUUGAUGAAAUAAGACAUGUUCAGUUGACCUACAAUAAUAAAAAUAUAUCCUUUGAAGAUCAUGGAGAUUUUUUGAAUGGCUAUGAUAUUGUCAACUGGCAUACAGUUGACGGUUACACAAGUUUUAAAAGAGUUGGAAAAUAUAAUAUUCUAAAAUCAGAAAUAAAGGUAGAUAAAUCCCUUAUCUUCUGGAACACUAAAGACAAUGAGAUACCCAUGUCAAAUUGUUCAAAACCAUGCAAACCUGGAUUUUACAAAAAAUAUUCCAUCAUUAGCUGUUGCUAUGAUUGUAUUCCUUGUCCAGAAGGACAUUAUACUUCAGCAUCUGACAUGAAUGAAUGUCUGAUGUGUCCUUUAGCCCAGUGGUCAAAUAAUGGAAGCUCUAAAUGUGAAAACAGGACAACUGAGUAUCUACAAUGGAAAAACCCAUUUGCUGUUGCCCUCACAAGCUUUGCUGCUUUUGGAUUCGCUCUGGUUGUACUAACGGGGGUCUUUUUUAUAAAGUAUUCAGAUACAUCAGAGGUUAAGGCAGUAGGAGGCAACUAUACUUACCUUCUGGGGAUAUCACUGUUAGUCAGCUUGGUCAGCAUUGUGCUCUUUAUUGGUUAUCCAACAAAUAUUAUCUGCAAGUGCAGACAAAUCGUUUAUAGUAUCAGCCUCACCCUUUGUGUUUCCUGCAUCUUAGUCAAAUCUUUAAGAAUAAUCUUAGAUUUCGAGUCCUACAAGAGUGGUAAACCUACACCAGCAUUAACAUAUCAGCCUGUGGUUCUUAUUGCUGUGUUAACUGGUCUCCAGUUCUGUCUUUGUAUGUUAUGGCUCAUUCUAAAAGAACCCUUUGUUAUAGAAGUCAACAUAAUACCUAAAAUUAUUAUUGCACAAUGUAAUGAAGGAUCGUAUGUGGCCUUUGGUAUCAUGUUGGGCUACAUUGGUUUCCUUGCACUUGCUAGUUUUAUUCUAGCUUACAGAGGGAGAAAAUUACCAGAUAAAUACAAGGAGGCCAAAUGUAUCACAUUCAGUAUGCUCAUCUACAUGUUUGUAUGGGUUAUGUUUAUUCCAGUUUAUAUGAAUGUUAAUGGAAUAUACCGACCAGCAGUACAAGUUGUGGCCAUAUUAGCUUCAAGCUUUGGGAUAAUUUCAUGUCAUCUUGUACCUACCUGUUACAUCAUCUUGUUGAAAAGAAACAGCAUCAUUAAACCAAAUUGUGAUAAAAAAAACUACACACGGGAGACGCAAAAUGGUAUUGGUGGCAAACUUUCUUUAAGAAGAAGAAGAAGAAGCUAUUAG